UUCAGAUAAUCACUUGUCGGCCUGCGAGUCGGACGUGUUUUAGCCGCAAAGUAGAAAACGAAAAUUGUAAUAAAGGCGCUUUCGGAAUCCGUUUGUUCAUUCAUAAAGCCGUGUCUUUUUACGCGAAAGCCACAACAAACACGCAUUCGCAUCCUGGAGGACAACGACAUCAUCACUCGUGUGUGUGUGUGCGUGUGAGUGCUGUAUUGUGUGUGUUUUGUGCCGACAGGUAAUACAUCCACUGACCAAGGUGAUAGUAGAGAAAACACACAUAAUAAUUGCAAGGGACAAGCGAGUUAGUUGUUGUCCAUUCAGUUUGGCGCGGAGGAAGCGCGCGACUAAUGCAUUUCGCCCGGGAUAAAGUUAUACCAUUAAGGCGGCUUGAGGUGUAGUGGUAUAGUAUAGUACAUAUGCAAAUGUCAGCUUGUUAACGACAAAGUUGAAUGAUUGAAAAUGCAAAUUGCAACCGCCACUGACUUGCUGUCGAGGCUGUAUAUCGUGGAAAACAGGUGCUGCACCACCACCAUCACCACAACCAUCAGCAUUGUAGCCACAAAUUAACCCACCGGCGGUGCCGACGACAACCAGUUAAAGUGGCGGAAAUGACACAGUCAAAAUGUAUCGCUGCAAAAAUUGGUUUUGUGCUAGGAGCAACAACAACAACUAUGUCGAUGUGGCACUAAAUGAGGUGCCCAUUCACCCAACAACAGCAACAACAACACCCAACAGCCGCAACAACAGCGCCAGCAAUAACAACAACAACGCAAGGAGCAACAGCAGCAAAAGCAAUCAGCAGACAAACCCCACCGCAGCGGGUCACAGAGCUGUCACCAUCCACUCAACCACCACCCAUCCAACCCAUCCAACCCACACAACCACCACCGAUGAGGCUUCCCCGCCGCAGGUCCACGUGGUCACCUUUCUGGACGAGACCACUGCGAGCGGGAGCAACGGAGCCGUGACCAGCAACCGCCUGGUCACCACCGCCGAACUCCACCAGGCCCACAUGCUGGAGCACCACUCGAAUCUGGACGCCAUCGAGCAGGCGGACGACUUCAUCUACGGCCCCGGCGCAGGAUUGUCCCUCUGCGACGACAGCCUGCCCUCGGCCAAAAACUGCUAUCGACUGGUCAUGCUCGGCUCAUCACGCGCCGGCAAGUCGUCGAUUGUGGCACGUUUCCUGGGUAAUCGGUUCGAGGAGGCCUACACGCCGACCAUCGAGGAGUUCCAUCGCAAGUUGUAUCGCAUACGGAAUGAGGUCUUCCAAUUGGAUAUUUUGGAUACUUCUGGCUAUCAUCCGUUUCCCGCAAUGCGUCGUUUAUCAUUUCUAACUGGGGAUCUCUUUAUCCUCGUCUUCAGCAUGGACUCCCGAGAGUCCUUCGAGGAGGUGGUGCGCCUGCGGGAGAAUAUACUGGAGACCAAAUGGGCGGCCCUGAAUCCCGGCUCUGGAUUCAAGAAGAAGAGUCUUCCGAAGAUACCCAUGAUUCUAGCGGGCAAUAAAUGUGAUCGCGACUUCAAAACUGUGCAAGUGGACGAAGUGAUGGGCUACAUCGCUGGUCAGGACAAUUGCUGCACCUUUGUGGAGUGUUCGGCGCGUCAGAACUACCGCAUCGAUGACCUUUUCCACUCCCUGUUCACGGUCUCCAAUCUGCCGCUGGAGAUGACCCCGAAUCACCAUCGUCGUCUGGUGUCUGUCUUUGGGGCACCCUCGCCCCUCCCACCGCACGGAUCCGCGGUAGGUGGAACCAAAAAGAACGCGCUGUCCAUCAAGCGGCGAUUCAGCGAUGCCUGCGGGGUGGUGACCCCAAAUGCCCGACGGCCCAGCAUCCGCACCGAUCUCAACCUGAUGCGAUCCAAGACGAUGGCCUUGAACGAGGGCGAGGGGGUUCGGAAUCCCUCGCGUUGGAACCGCUGCGCCCUAAUGUAGAAAACGAGGGCAGUGUGAUAGUAGUGAUGAGCGGAUCCUUGGGGACAGCAGUAAACUCCCAACUAAUUAUAAACGCAGCGUUUGGGUGAUUUCGAUAUUAUAGUGUAAAUACUCGUUUAGUCUGGACGCGGCAAGUGUGUUAAAUACUAUUAAUUAAUUAUGCAUUUAGCACUUUCUCGCCAUCUACGGACAAAGGCAAAAACCGCGCCAUAUGCAUAAUUAAAAUCUGAAGCGAUACUUUGGCAUUGCAUACCGAACAGAAGCAUCCACCCACCUCUGCCUGCCCAAUGUCCAAUCUGAAUAAUCCUACGCACUUGAUGCUCAGUUUUUCCCCCUUCAUUUUUGUAUUACAUUUUCCAUUUUAAUUGUAUUCGUUAUUGUGAUCGUUGUUAUUGCACAUUUACUUGACGCACACACAAAAACCAAAACGCAGAGGACAAUAAUGUUAAAACGUAUUCGGAUUUGCGGAAUUCGUAAUUGUUAUUCAAUUUAAUUUAUAGAUUUAGCCAACUGAAUUUAGAUGAAUUAACAAUGAGCUAAUUUGAUGUUACCGUUGAUUGUUGAUGAUACCAAUUUGAAUAUUUGACCAUUAGGAAGUCGUUUUGUUUCGGCACGCGCACAACUCAACUGUCAGCCCACAAAACCUUUCGAAAGAUUGCAUAUCAGCCAAAACUGGAACCGAUACACACCGAAUCAAAACUACUGAAGGGAAUCUUGACCAACAAACAUACCAAAUAACUCUACUGUAACACUUGUACACCGACUAUGGUUAACUAUAUUGCAAAAUUAAAAAAACAAAAAAAACCUAUAAGAUACACACUUCUAGCGUUAAACCGAAUUUAUCAGAUCUAUUCUCGAUUCGAUUUUGGCUCUCAAAGGGCGGAUUUCCAAUCGAGAACAGCUCCGUAAGUUUAGCAAAUUCGAGUUUCAAUCUAACCUAAGCAACAGCAACAAUUUUCGCGAGUUUAACAUUUAUCAAGUAUUAUCGAUAAAGGAAUUACAAAACAUGCGUUUCAUCGCGUCAUGAAACCAAGACCAAAGGAUUAUUCUAGCUAUACUUACCAGUGACAUAAACGCUAACCUAAAUAUGUAUUACCUUACAAGUUAAUAAGAUUUCAAACAUUUUUUAGGCAAUUAUCGUUAAUGUAAACAUAAAAAAAGCAAAGUGCAAAUAUUUACAAAUUUCGCGUUGGGCCAAAGUGCACGAAUAUAAUAUAUGAAAUAAAUAUAAAUUUAAAUAAGGAUAAUACCCGAAAUUUGGGUGAUUAUUCGUCGAAGUUAUCAUGAUUUACGAUUAACCAAGAAAGCUAACUUUUUAAUGCUUUGGAUUUGCAUUGUUUAUUUACAUAUUAUGGAUAUUACAAACGAUUCAAUUACGAUUAAAUAAAAUUUAAAACACAACUUAAAA